AUGGCGACUAAAGCGGAUCCCGGCGACACCAACUUCACCGUAUUUAUACGUCUGCCGUUCCCACGAAAUAAUUUUGUUGAUCCACCGCCGGUGGAAUGGAAUGCCGCUAAAGACCAGGCAUUAUGGGAUAUUCUAUCCCGACCAUCCAGAGGAGAUGGGAUUGAUUGGAAAUCACUAGCCGAUAGCUUUGAUGUCACAUUGCAGUUUUUGCUGCAACAAGCCGCUUGGCUGUAUGAUCGACAAUUCUCACACGUUCGGGCCCAGAUGCGGAAGUAUGAUCCAACCGCACAGUCAAACUCACCUUCUCCGGCUCCUGGGUCAAUUUCUGGGAGCAUAGCCUUAGGGGGACCAGCGGCAAAAGGUGGCGGCACAGGUGGAUUACGAGCGCCUCUUCGACAAGGUUCUCAACAGAAGGAUAUACCACAGCGAGGUCUGAUCCUAUCACUUUAUCCCAUUUCUCCUGAUUCCGACCUCGGGACGGUCAGUGGUCAUGCGAGACGGACAAGCUCUGCAUCAACAACAACUAUUAAUCAAUUCCGUGUCUCUGGGGAGCCUUCCCGUACCGAUACCCCAACUGCAGAAGGCACUGAACAGCCACGAGACUCUAUAUCUAAUCGCCCACCAGCUAAUAAACGCGAGCAACCUCCUAUAGCAUCCUUCCUGCGGUCUCCCUCGCUGGAAGAGGAAGAUAUAUUAUCAAGCUCGUCUGACUCUGAAGAAGACUUGCAACCCGCCGCACACCGGUUCAGACGGUUCGGUCAAUUCUCAAUGCACCGUGCUAGUCUUCGUGAUGAUGAGAAUGAUGAAGAAGAUGAUACCCCAGCAUUCUUACCCACAUCUCACGACCUUGAAAGGGCCGCACGGGAUCGUGCAAGCCCUGUAAUGGGCAGCACCUUACGCAUAAACGCAGACCGUGCGCCCGUUCAACGACGUCGUAUCCCUGAUCGAACUGUCACCACUGUUCCACUGGGUUCUGAAUCCUCCACGAGCUCCAUGAGCUCUGGUGUUCCCGUCGCUGUACACGGUGAAAUUCGGCGGUCUGCACACGGCAGUGGAACACUCGGCCCACAACGUGUAGGUGAACCCACUCGACUCAGUCCUCAUAAGUCAAAUGCUUCAGGCAGAGAGGCGAGCGAUGGGACACCGAGCAUGGGAAGCAGCUUCAGCGAUUUAGAUGAUACAAGCGUUACCCAGUCGGCCAUGGAGGAAGCUCUUAUGAGCAAUAUGCAGCACGGAGGGAUGGCUAGCCGAAUGAGCACUAUUAGCCAGGCUUUGCGCAGUCGUUAUUUGCAGUAA